GGGAAUCCGGUGAGCUCAAAGCGGCGUGGGUUGGGAGGUGCAAUGCAAGACCCAAAGGAAGGGGGAUUAGCAGAGGGUGAAAGAGAGUCCCCCCCCCCCAUUUCCUCCUUGCCCCUCCCCAACCAGCAGCGGGCUGGGUCUAAAAAUAUUGGCUGCCAGGAGACAUAGGGCGGCCGCCUACAACUAUAAGGCUCUCAUGUAAUUUUUGCACAAGGGGAUAGACACUCUCAGUGCCUUUUGAAUCAUCUCUUCUGUGUGCUGAAAGAAAAAGAGCCGCCAUGCAGCCUGCUCAGGCGGGGGUGUCCUUCGAGGAGGUGGCCGUGUAUUUCACCCCGGGCGAGUGGACCCUGCUGCGCCCAGCCCAAAGAGCUGUGUACAAGGAAGUCAUGCUGGAGAAUUUUGGGAACGUGGCCUCUCUGGGACCUCCGAUUGCCAAACCUGACCUCAUAACCUGGCUGGAAGAAGAGGAAGGGCUCUUUCUUCCGGGCUCUGAUGAAGAGGAGGGAUCGGCAGAAGAUGAUCAGAGGAAAGAAGAGGAUGAGGAACUGCAUCAUCUAUUACCAAAUGAAGUAAAGAAUGAAGACCUAAGACGAAACUUCAGGAAUCAAGGAAGAUUCAAGAGGCAGAGAGGUAGCCAUAUAGUGGAGAAGAGGGACCAACCCAUUCCUUGCCAAGAGGGGGAUUUCUGUGAGGUAAUUCACAAGGUGGAGGAAACGCUCAAGUGCAUGGAGUGUGGAAUGAACUUCACAGAUCAGACCCAGUAUAACAUCCACUUGCGAAAUCACAAUGAAAAGAAGAUCCACCAAUGCUUGGAGUGUGGAAAAAGCUUCCUUUGUAAAGCCGAGGUAAUUAGACAUUUAAGAACACACACAGGAGAGAAACAGUAUAGUAGCACAGACUAUGGUGAGAGAGUCUCACAAAAAUCAGACCUCAUUAAACACCAAAGGAUUAAUUCAGGAGAGAUACCACUUCCCUGUUCAGAGAGUGGAAUCAAUACAGGGGAGAAACUUUUUGAAUGCACAGAGUGUGGAAAGAGAUUCAAUCACAGAUGUAGUCUUCAAAAGCACCUAAAAAUCCACACAGGGGAGACACCUUUUGAAUGCUCAGAGUGUGGAAAGCGAUUCUGUUACAGUAGCAGUUUUCAUCGGCAUCGAAGAACUCACUCAAAAGACAAACCCUGUGCAUGUUCAGAGUGUGGAAAGACAUUCAGUCAGCUUGGCAAUCUUCAACAACAUCAAAGAAUCCACACAGGGGAGAAACCCUUUGAAUGCUUUGAGUGUGGAAAGAGAUUCAGGUUGAGGGGCCAUCUUCAACUACAUCAAAGAACACAUACAGGAGAGAAACCAUUUGAAUGCUCAGAGUGUGGAAGGAGGUUCAGUCACAGAUGUAGUCUUCAAAAGCACUUAAGAAUCCAUACAGGGGAGAAACCUUUUGAGUGCUCAGAGUGUGGGAAGAGAUUCAGUGUGACUGGCAGUCUUCAACAACAUCAAAGAAUCCACAGAGGUGAGAAACGUUUUGAAUGCUCUGACUGUGGAAAGAGAUUUAGUCAGAGUGGCAAUCUUCAGCGUCAUCAAGGAACCCACAGAGAUGAGAAACAUUUUGAAUGUUCGGAGUGUGGAAAGAGAUUCAAUCUUCGAUGUAGCCUUCAACAGCAUCUAAGAAUCCACACAGGGGAGAAACCUUUUGAAUGCUCAGAAUGUGGAAAGAGAUUCAGUGAGGCUGGCAAUCUUCAACAACAUCAAGGAACCCACACAGGGGAAAAAUCUUUUGAAUGCUCAGAGUGUGGGAAACGAUUUUGUUACAGCAGCAGUUUUCAGCGGCACCUAAGAACCCACACAAAUGAGAAACCGUUUGAAUGCUCCGAGUGUAGAAAAAAAUUCAGUCAGCUUGGUAAUCUUCAACAACAUCAAAGGACCCACACAGGAGAGAAACCCUUUGUGUGCUCAGAAUGUGGAAAGAGGUUCAGUAGGAGUGGCCAUCUUCAUGAGCAUUUCAGAACUCACACAGGGGAAAAACCUUUCGAGUGCUCAGAGUGUGGAAAGGGAUUCCGUCGAAAUGACAACCUUCAACUGCAUCUAAGAGCACACACAGAGGAAAAACUUUUGAAUGCUCCAAGUUUGGAAAUACCCUUAACUUGAGCGUCACUUUUCAACAGCAUCUAAGAACCCACGCCAAGAAAAAAGUCUUUUGAAUGCACAGGUGUGAAAAGUAAUCCAUUCAGAACUGUGAUCUUCAACAGCGUCUAUGAACUCACACAGGGUAGAAUACUUCUGAAGACUCAGAGCGUGGGAAGAGAUUCAGAAAGCCUGAAAAUCUUCAACGCAAUUACGGUAAGAGUCCGAGGAUAUAGACGUCCAUCCAAUAAAGAUUGUGGGGCUGAAAGUCUUUUGGAACUUUGGAUUCCUUGAUAGUGGCAUGCAAGACAAAAGGGUACAAGAUAAAUUUAUUGAGGCAGUUUCAGCCACACAGACUUUAUUGGAUGGGCUUCUUUACCCCCGAACUCUUACCAUAAUUGUGUUAAUAGACCAGCUGCUACUCCGGGAGCAAUAAGUACUUAUUUAUAUGGAUUGCUAAAAUGUUACACUGCCUUUGUCGGUAAUAUAUGUUUUUACACA